AUGACUGCUUUACAUUACAUUUUCUUUAUAAAUAAUUAAUAAGUCAAAAUAAUGAUUAGAUAAAUGAGUUUUACAAUGAUAUUCUAUGAAUUAAGAUACUUCAUUUAAGAUGAUGAUGCUAGAUUUCGAGAAUAUUUGAAAUUUAAGAGAGAAUUUAGAGAUACAUCAUAAUUAGGAAUUACGGAUAAAGAUUUAGUAUAUUAAAAUGGAGCAAUUUAAAUAUUGAAAUAUAGAAGUAAAAUUAAAUUCAAUUCAUUUGCAAAAUAAUAAUAAAGGAUUGUAUUCGUUUAGGAGAAGUUGGAUAAAUAUUUACAAAGAAUAUCUAUAUUCCACCUUUGUUAUUAGAACUUAAUCAAUAGCGUAAUAGAAUUUCGCUAAUUUUGUAUGAUAAUAGAAAAAUAAAUUAUCAAAUAUUAAAAUAAUUUAAGAUCUUGA